GUUGUCCCCCGAGGAGCGAGCUCAGGUAGAGGCUCAGCUGGACGAGCUGACGGCCUCUUACAACCAGCUGCUGGACAGCUCCGCCCAGCAGCUGCAGCAGCUGGAGCAACAGCUGGCCAAAGAGGAGGAGAGAAAGAACCAAGCUGCCGUUGCUGGAGUGAUUGACCUGGGCAGAGUGGAGACGUUCUCUGUGUUUGAAGCAGCCCAACGUGGUCUCAUCGACCAGGACACCUGCCGUGUUCUGCUGGAGGCCCAGCUGGUUCUGGGUGGACUUGUCCAACCGGACUCCACUGUUUGUCUCUCACUGGAUUGUGCUCUAAAACAAGGCCUUAUUGAUGUUCCCACCAGACGGUCGCUGUCUGAGCUUGAGAGUGCUUUGGGUUUAAUCAAAGAGUCUUUGAGUGACCAAAGCGUUUCCUCUGUAGCUGCAGCCGUGGAGUCUGGUUUGAUCAGAGAAGAGGUGGGACUUCGUGUUCUGGAACUUCAGAUGAAAACUGGAGGACUGAGAGAUUCAUCUGGAAACAUCCUAAGCUUGGAGCAAGCAGAGGAUAUGAGGGUUUUGUCUCCGAGAAUCAUAACGAAGUUGGAGCCCAGACUUCAACACAAAGAUCUGAUCGAUCCAAACACAGCUAAGCAAAUAAAUAUAGAGGAGCUAAAACAGUGCUGCAUUAUCGACGACAACUCAGGUCAGCUGCUCCUCCCUGUCAAACAGCACCCCGGAGGAACUGUUUGCCUUCGUUCCGGGAGAAAAGUUGGCAUCUUUCGUGCAGUCCAGGAGAGACUGAUUGAUCGUAAAGUUACGGUGCGACUUCUCGAGGCUCAGCUCUUUGCCGGUGGUAUUUCUGACCCGCGAACUGGCCACCGGCUGACGAUCGGUGAGGCAGUUCGCCACGGGCUCAUGGACCAGGAUUUAGCCUGCACCAUGUUAGCGCGGCAACUGCAAAGGGGGGGAAUUUUUGACCCGCUCAGUAGGGAACACCUGGAUUUAGAGGAAGGUAUUCGCAGGGACCUUCUCUCCCCUUGUUUAGCUCUGCUGGUUCUCGAGUCUUCUUGGGCUUUUAUGGGGAUCCUUUGGCCUGAAUCUGGAGAACUUAUGCCAGUUGCUGAGGCCAUUCAACAGGGGUUGAUAUCCGGGGACCUAGCAAGAAAAAUCCUAAGGCAGAGACACGUCAUUGGGGGUCUGUACAACCCAGAAACUCUUCAAGUUCUGCCCAUAAAGCAGGCUGCAGUAGAAGACCUUGAUCCUGAUGUUGCCAGAUGUCUUAGAAGCAUUCACAUACCAGAUGUUUACAAUAUGAAUCAGGCAGGCACCCCAUCUUUAAACUGUCUGAGCUGGGGAUCCACCAGCUCCUCUCUAUCCUCUCCGCUGCUGUCGUCCCCCGCAGGCCUCAUGUGGGAAACUGCACCGACCGACCAGGCCGAUCCUGAAGAAGAAGCCAAAUACAAGCUGCUCUUUCACAUCAUGUCUCACAGCUAUGUGGAUGCACAUUCUGGAAAACGGUUGGUGCUGCUCGACCAUGAGCUAAUGGAGAUGGUUAAAGCUGCGGACUCAGCUGCAGUAAAAUUAGAUCAAGCUGAGCCUUCAAGCAGUUUGUCUGCAGAUCAACCAGCAAUGCCAAAAACUGAUGGAAACGUUAGUAUGUCAGCUCAAGCAGCAAGCAACGAUGAAAUGAUGACUGACGAAGACAACUCUAGUGUUUUAACUUCAGGAAAUUAUUUUGAAAUUGAUGAUGUGAGCAGAAAUGAAGCACAGCCUAAUAGGAAAGCAGAUAACCUGUUGCAGAAGAAUUCAUCAGGAACUGAAGGGAGUGAUGAAUUAGUCAUUAAAGCUACAAAUAAAAUUUCUGUUGAUGCAACAAGAAAUGACCAAAAAGAAGAAAACUUAAGUCUCAUACCUGAGGAAAGUCUCAGUCAGGGUACCAAAGAUACUGCCACUGCAGCCCCUCUAAAAUCAAAAGAAGUUAUUGAAAAAGAGCUACAGCCAGGAUUUAUUCAUAGAGUUAAAGCGGAGUCUGAAGAAACUAAACUUAUAAAACCUUCCCAUACUGGUUUGGUUGAGAUGACACAAGGUUUUCCUGAAACAGAGAUGGACUCCAACCAGUCAGAAACUCAGGUUGAUGAAGUUAACCCAAAGACUGAAAAGCUCUGUGAGGAAGAUGAGUUGGAGAGAUUAGUUUUUGAGUUGAAACAGGGAGGUCUAAAGACAGAGGAAGGAGAAAAKCUUCUGCCAGAUGAAGCCGUAGCUCAGGGUGUUCUUCCUGGCCAUACGGCAGUGAAGUUAAUGGCUCAGGCAGGUCUGUUUGGGGGAUUUCUAGAUGCUGGCAGUGCUGAGUCACUAAGCAUGGAGGAAGUCAUGCAGGAGGGUUUACUUGAUGAGGAUCUGAUGUGGAGUGUCUUGAAAUCAGAUAAAACCAUUGCUGGUGUUGUGGAUGUGGAGAAAAGGCAGAUCUGUGGGGUCAGGGAUGCAGCUCAGGCUGGGCUGAUAGACUCCAACACCGCUGCUCGACUUCUGGAAGCCCAGGUGGCAUCUGGAGGCAUCAUCGACCUACGCAGGGAUAAGAAGGUCUCGGUCACAUUAGCAGAAAAUCUGGGACUGAUUGAAGAAGAACAAAGAGAAAAACUGGUGGCACUUGAAAAGGCUUACAAAGGAAAGGAUGUGGACUCUGCAACAACACUCAUGAAAGCCAGUUUACAGCUGCAGAUGGAAGGUGUUGUUGACCCAGAGUCAAAGUCUCCUGUUUCUCUGGAACAAGCAAUCAAGAAAGGGUUAAUUACAUCUGAGGAUGCUUAUCAGGUGUUGGCAAGGCAGGUGGCUGAAGGAGGAAUAAUACAUCAUGCUUCAGGAAUGAGACUGACAGUCUCUGAUGCUGUAGAUAGAGGACUGGUUGAUCGGUCUAUAACUCCAGGACUCGAAGAACUAGAAUGGGUCUAUCAAGGAAAAGCCAGCACAUCGAGUAACCCAGACGCAGUUGCUUUCCAGGCAACAACCGGAGCUGUUUUAGACCCUGAUACUGGAGUUAGGCUGACGCUGACAGAGGCAGUUGCUAAGGGUCUUCUAGAAGAGAACGUAGCCAAUGAAGUCAUGGCUUCUCCUUCAGUAAAACAAGGAGCAAUCGACCCUCAAACUGCACAAAUUGUACCUUAUUCAGAGCUUGUAAACCAGGGUAAGMUUGAUAUAGAAACAGGCAAACGCUUCCUCGAGGUGAAACCAUUCCUAGGUGUUCAUAGUAGGCAAGCAACGCAGAACCUGACCCUUCCUGAGGCUGUUGCAUUAAAACGAGUUGACCCAGUUCCUGCACUGAGGCUGCUCCAGACCCAGGCAGACAGUGGCGGUAUCAUUGAUAUCAGGACUGGAGAAAGACUCCCACUUCCUGAAGCCUCUACCAGAGGUUUAGUUGAAGAUUAUAUGGCCAAAGAAAUAGCCUCCAACCAGUUUAUCAAAGGAGGCUUAAUUAAUCCUGCAACCGGACAACGAGUCUCAAGUCUCACUGAUGCAGUUUCAUUAGGACUGAUAACAAGUGACCUGGCAUUAGAAAUCCAGGAGAGAGUGGAGGCAGAUGAUAACUCCAYAACCAUUAUGUCGACUGGGACGAGCCCAGAAUGUCCAGAAAACUGGUCUGAUUCGUACUCUGGGGCAUCCUCAAGAUCUCCACCUUCAAUAAAAUCUGUAGAAGUCACACAGGAUGACGACAAGAGGUCGACACCUCUUUAUUCAGAUCAGCCACUAUUGUACCGAAAAACUCCAGAAAAUGACAGAACAGAGGGAUCAGAGUCAGUAGGAGAGAAACCUUUAUCUGACCCUGAUCAGUCCGUGGAUGUGUUGUUGAAGUUUGCAUCUAAUGUUGAGAAGAGAAUUCAGCAAUCCAUCGAGGAGAUAACACCACAGAGAGAGAAAUCUACGAGUCUUCCCAAGCCAGAGCCCAAUCAAAGACUGGAGACAGAUGAAGGAAAAACUGAUGAUGGACAAAAGAAAACCAAGGAUUUAGUUGGAGAGACCUCUGAGAUGGUUUUCAGUCUUCCUGACCAAGAGCCACAGGAAGAGGUCAGAGAGGAAGAAUGGGAGAGAUUGUCUGUUAGAAUAAGAGUUCAGCAAACAGAGGAGAAACAAGAACCUGACCAGAGAUUUCAGCUAGAAAAUGACAAAACUGAUAAUGGAGAAGAAAUAAUGAUUUUCAGAGAGUCAGUUGGACAGUCCACUCAGAUGGUUUUCCAUCCUACUGAGAAAGACUCACAGAAAGAAGAAGAAAGGGAGAAACUAUCUCAUGUUAUGAAAAUAGUUCAGGAAACUGAAGAGGAGAUAACAUCACAUAUGGACAUUAGUAAGUCAGAAAGUCUUCGCAAACAAGAACUUGAUCAGAACUUGGAGAUGGAAAUAGAUAAAACUGAUGAUGGACAAAAGAAAGAAAAGUUUAGAAAGUCAGUUGGAGAGUCCACUCAGGCAGUUUCCCAUUAUAUGGACCAAAAUUCACAGAAAGAGGUCAAAGACAAAAAGAAGAAACCAUCUAGUGUUGAGAUUGUAGUCCAGGAAUCCAAAGAGGAGGUCUUAGCACAGAAAGACAUCAGUAAGUCAGAAAGUUUUUACAAACAAGAGACUGAUCAGAACUUGGAUAAAACUGUUGAUGGACAAAGGAAAGACAAGUUUAGAGAGUCAGUUGGAGAGUCCACUCAGACAGUUUUCCAUCAUAUUAAACAAGAUACACAGAAAGAGGUCAAACACAAAAAGAAGGAACCAUCUAGUGUUAAGAUUGUAGUCCAGGAAUCCAAAGAAGAGGUCGUACCACAGAAAGACAUCAAAUCAGAAAGUUUUUACAAACAAGAGCCCGAUGAGAAACUGGAGACAGAUCAGGAUAAAACAGAUGAUGAACAAGGACAAAGCAAGUUUGGACAGUCCACUCAGAUGGUUUUCCAUCCCACUGAGAAAGACUCACAGAAAGAAGAAGAAGAAGGGGAGAAACUAUCUCAUGUUAUGAAAAUAGUUCAGGAAACUGAAGAGGAGAUAACAUCACAGAAAGAUAUCGGUAAGUCAGAAAGUCUUCCCAAACAAGAACCUGAUCAGAACUUGGAUAAAGCUGAUGACGGACAAAGGAAAGACAAGUUUAGAGAGUCAGUUGGAGAGUCCACUCAGGCAGUUUUCCUUCAUAUUAAACAAGAUUCACAGAAAGAGGUCAAGGAUAAAAAUAAGAAACCAUCUAGUGUUAACAUUGUAGUCCAGGAAUCCAAAGAGGAGGUUGUACCACAGAAAGACAUCAAGAAAUCAGAAAGUUUUUACAAACAGGAACCUGAUGAGAAACUGAAGACAGAUCAGGAUAAAACAGAUGAUGAACAAGGACAAAGCAAGUUUGCACAGUCCACUCAGAUUGUUUUCCAUCAUAUGGACCAAGAUUCACAGAGAGAGGUCAAAGACAAAAAGAAGAAACCGUUUAAUGAUAUAGUCCAGGAAUCCAAAGAAGAGGUGGUACCACAGAAAGACAUCAAUAAAUCAGAAAGUUUUCCCAAACAAGAGCCUGAUGAGAAAAUGGAUAUGGAUCAGGCUAAAACAGACAAUGAACAAGGACAAAGCAAGUUUGGUCAGUCCACUCAGACAGUUUUCCAUCAUAUGGACCAAGAUUCACAGAAAGAGGUCAAAGACAAAAAGAAGAAACCAUCUAGUGCUAAGAUUGUAGUCCAGGAAUCCAAAGAGGUAGUCGUACCACAGAAGGACAUUGAUAAAUCAAAACGUUUUUACAAGCAAGAGCCUGAUGAGAAACUGGAGACAGAUCAGGAUAAAACAGACAAACAAGGGCAAAGCAAGUUUGGACAGUCCACUCAGGCAAUUGUCCAUCCCACUGAGAAAGACUCACAGAAAGAAGAAGAAAAGCAGAAACUAUCUCAUGUUAUGAAAAUAGUUCAGGAAAAUGAAGAUGACAUAACCUCACAGAUGGACAUCAGUAAGUCAGAAAGUCUUCCCAAACAAGAACCUGAUCAGAACUUGGAGAUGAAAAUAAAUAAAACUGAUGGUGGCCAAAGGAAAGACAAGUUAACAGAGCCAGUUGGACAGUCCACUCAGACCAUCUUCCAUCCUGCUGACUCACAGACAGAGGUCAAAGGAAAAGAAAAAGAGAAACUUUCUAUCAAAGAUACAAUUCAGGAAACCAAAAAGAAAAUAAGGCCACUGAAAGACGUUUGUGAAUCAGAGAAUCUUUUCAAACAGAAGGCUAAUAGAAAACUGGAGAUAGAUAAAGAUAAGACUGAUAACGUUGGAGAGUCCACUCAGACUGUCUUCCAUCCUGCAGACAAAGACUCUCAAACAGACAUCAAAGAAGACAAACAGAAGCCACUMAACGAGGAUGAGGAGCUCAGAUGUAUUGAUGAGACCUCAUUAAAGGCCACUCCUGUUUCUGGAGAAGUAAACCUUACAGAAAUUAUAGACGACAAAGGAGGCGAAGGUAAAACGGUGCUGUCGACUGUAAACGAAGAACUCAAAAAUGGUUUAACAACACUGAGAGGUGAUAUAGAAGACUCUACUAAAGAGAUCAAAACCAUCACUGCUGCAGAAUGUUCAGAUCAGAUUGAAACGUCUGCGAGCAAAGAGUUUGAAAACAAAAGCAAGAAGAAGAAAAAGAACAGAAAGAAGGGGAAGGGUAAAGAGGUAGAAGCUGAACCUAAACACCCAGAGAUAAAACGUCUGUCUCAAACUGAUGGCGCUGGGACAGAAGUCACAGAGGCUGAUAACGUAAACACAGCAGAAUUACCAAAAUCAGACCCUGACCCUCUCUGUGGAGAGAAGGUUGGUAAGACUGAAAAGGAUUCAGUGAAACAGGAGCAAGAAGAGCUUCCUAAACCAAACACAGAGACUGAGAAAGAUGGAGCCAAAACUGUAAAGGUAUCUAAAAAGGUUGAGGAGGAGGAAUCUGAGGAGGCUUUUGUCUCUGAAGAACCAGAGAGCAACCAGGAGGUGAAGAGAGGGAAAGAAGAAGGAAUACCAAAAAAAUCAGCUCUUAAAGACGACGAGAAAGCAGCUCUGAUACUAAAAGCUAAAGAGAGCAUUCUUAAGAAGGUGUUUGAGAGAGGAGUCAGUGAGAAGCAGGCUGCUGAGGAGCUGGAGGCGUUGAGGCAUAAAGAGGGGAGGAAGAAGGAAGUUAAAGUCCCGGCUACUGGAACUAAAAAGGCACAAAGUCCAGAAGAUAAAAGUCAGGUUGGUUUCAAGAGAUCUGGUUCAGCUAAAGACCAAAAACUCAUCAAAGACGACAAACUGGAAGAAAACUCAGAAGAUCUCCAAUCAACAGUCCAAGAGACCCUGCAGGAUAAAUCUUCAACGGUUUCUUCAAGUAAGAAAGAACCAAAAACCAUUGAGACGUUUCCAUCGGUCCAGCCUAAAGAAACGAGCAAACGAAGCAAGAAGAGCAAAAAAUCCAAGAGUUCACCCGUUACAGUCCGAGAUGAUUCUGGUGCAGAGAAGCUAACCGUGGAUGGAAAACUGGAUUCUGAGCUGCCAGUAGAAAAAAUCACGUCUGAAUCAAAACCAGACUCAGACGGCUCAGGUUUGACCCAGGACCAGAAGGUGAAGACAGACGAUGAUGUCAUCAUCAGGCCUCCUCAACAGAGUUCACUCACAGACACGAUCGAACUCGCUGAUGUUUCCCAGGAUGUUUGUGUCAAACACGACACUUGGUCCUCAGUUCAGGCUGUCGCUCCUGGAAAAACGAUCAGGAAGCAACCAGGAAGUCCUGAAGAUACCGACUCUUUAAGAAACCUGCAGCAACAUCACGAMUCUCCAGAAAAGACAGAAGAAGCUCCUGGUGGGUCUGAAGUGGCCGAGCCUGUUAGCAAGCCGUCUGUCCUUCGUCAGGAAUGUUUGGAGCACGACCAGCAGAUGGUAGCUCUGCUCUCUGUGAUCAGACAUGUGGAGGUACGACUGAAGCAGCAGCAGCAGCUAGCUGUGGGCCGCGGCCUCGUCGCCUUGGACGACAUCAUCCAGCAGACAGAGGUUUUGGACCUUGAGCUGUGCGACCUGGAGCCAGAGAUCCACAGAGAGGUGGAGGCGGCAGAGCACCUGCUGAACCCCAGACCUGACGACGUUCCUCCGCAACUCCUAUUGGCUCUGGAAAAAGAUGGGCGGAGCUUGGCUCGAGGUUACCAGGCUGCUAAAGCUCUCUCCCAGAGUGUUCUGCAAAGUCUGAAAGACCAGAGAGACUCGUGCAAGAGCACAGUAACAGCUGAGCAGAAACUGUUGGGACAACGAGUGGACAAACUGCUGCUGUGGUUGAAGGACAUGGAGGCUCAGAUGGACAAAGAGACAGAAGACAGCCUGGAUCAGAUCAGACAGCAGCUGGAUCUCUGCAAGGAGCUGCAGUCCUCCCUGUCCUCUCGCUCCUCCGAGGUCAACGACGUCAUCUUCGACAUCCAGCUCUUCGUCUCCGAGAGAGCCCCCGACCUGACCCCCGAGCAGAGCAGGCAGCUCCUCGGGCAGCUCCAGCAGCUGCAGAGGUCCUUCCACGGAGCGUCGGGCCGAGCUCAGGCCCGGGUCCACGCUCUGGUCGCCCGCCGGGAGCGGGAGGAGGAGAGAGAGAGGCUGGAGGAAGAGGAGAAGGAUAAAGAAAGGAAAAAUGCAGAGGAGAUGGAGAUGGUCCAGCAGCAGAAAGCAGAGUGUUCUCAGAAACUAGAAGGUCUCAACGUGUGGUUGGCUGGAGCUGCUAGCCUGAUGGCCAAUCAGAGAGCAGGAGGAGAGUCAGGUGACGUCAGCAUCCUGCAGGAGAAGCACAACAAACUGAAGGAGGUGCAGAAGGAGCUCCAGGCCAAAGCUGAGGGCGUCGCUGAGGCCAUCCGCUCGGUGGAGGAGUUUCUGUCUGAGAAAGGAGAAAGCCUGAGCCCAGAGGAGAAGGAGAACCUCCACAGGACUCUGACCAGCCUGAAGGAGCAGUACGGCGCUCUGACAGAGUCUUUGAACACGUCCGUGUCGGAGCUGGACACGACCAUCAACGCCACGGUCCAACAGAACACGCAGCGGGCCAAAGCAGUGGAGGAGCUGCAGGAGACCCAGAACCAGAUGGACUCUCUCCUGAACCAGCUGGCCUCACUGGACCAGCCGCUCAGGACUGGAUCAGGUCUGGAUGUUCCGGAUGUCCUGUUCUCUCAGCCAGAGGGCGCCGUGACGUCACACACAGAGAUGCUGCAGGCGGAGCUGCAGCAGCUGCAGGCCCAGCAGGCUCAGUUACUGCAGAUCACCCAGUCGGUCCGCUCCCUACUGGACCGGCCCGACUCCACGGUUCCCCCUGAGGAGAAACAGAGACUCCGAGCCGCCCUGGACCAGCUGCAGGCUCAGCACCAGGACCGACUGCAGAACUGCCAGCACCGUCUGAGGAAAUGUGAGGCUCUGAAGGACGAGCUGACCAAGUUCCUGCAGGAACACGGGACUCUGGGCUCCUGGCUGGAACAGAGUGAGCAGGAGCUUCGUUCUCUGGGGGAAGGAGAAACGGACGCACCGGGACUGAAGGACAGGCUGGACGAGCACAGAAAGCUCGGUGAGGACGUGAUCUGCCACAAGGCCGACCUGCGUUUUGUCUCUAUCUCUGGGCAGAAGGUUCUGGAUUCUGUUCAGGGAGCUUUGGAGCAAGCUGCUGGUUCAGAUCCGGCUCUGACCAGCCUGAAGGAGCUGGUGUCCCACAAGCUGCAGGAYUCCAACCACAGAUACACGACUCUGCACACCAAGUCCACAGAGCUGGGCGGCCGUUUGUCCGGCCUGUUGGAGCGAUACCAGCAGUAUCAGGACCAGGUGGUCUCGCUUCACUCCUGGCUCAGCGCUCACGAACAGAACCAGAGCGUCGCCAAGUCCGGCGGAGACACAGACCCUCGGGACCUGCAGAGCGCUCUGAGACAAGUGCAGCUGCUGCAGGACGAACUGGCAGAACGCUCCGUCCAGCUGGAGAAGGUCCAGAGAGCAGGGCGAGACCUGGUCAGCACCAACGAGUGUCCGUCUCUGAAGGCCGUGGACAUCCUCUGCGCAGCAGACGGUUUGGAGAAGAGGUUCGGCAGCCUCUCAGCCUCCGYCUCAGAACGAGCCGAGCAGCUGCAGACGGCUGUGGCUCAGUCCGUCAGCGUCCAGGAGGGUCUGAAGGGUCUGCUGGGCUGGCUGGACCAACUGGUUUUACAUCCCGGACCAGUGGAGCCCACCUCCCAGGCUGUGCAGGAGGCCCUGACUCAGAACCAGAAACUGCGUCAGGAGCUGCUCUCCAGGCAGGGCAGCAUGGAGGCGACCCGGGACUCGGUUUCCAGACUCCUGCAGAGCUCGGACGCCUCGGCGGCUCCGGGCCUCCGGUCCGGUUUGGACGAGCUGACCCGGCGUUACGCCGCAGCGCAGAGCAGCCAAGCUGAGAGUGAAGCCGAGCUGAAGGUGCUGCUGCCUCGGCUGGAGAGCCUGGAGAGGCUCGGCGCAGACCUGCAGACCUUCACCCAGACCCGGCUGAAGGCUCUGAGCCCGGCGGGCCAACCGGACCGCAGCGUGGGGGACUACAGGCAAACCAUCGAGGAGGUAAGAUCUGAGCUGGAGCAGGAAGCGGGUCAGCUGCAAUCUUUCUGCACCCUCGGUACCGAACUGAGCCAGUCCAAAGCCUUCAGUAACACUCAGAACCUGGUGGAGACCGUCAGAGGAGUGAGAGACGAGUUCACMGAGCUGCAACAAAACGUCAACGACAGAUUCACUGUGAACUCCUCUGAAGCAGAGCUUCUUCUUCCGUUUCCUCUCAGGUUUGCWGCGGUCCAGGCCUGCGAGCAGCAGCUCCUGCAGUUCCGGGGCCUCUCRGGUUCCCUGGUCCGGUGGCUCCAGGCGGCUCAGGACCAGCUGCCCCCCAAAGAGUUCAACCUGAACACGGAGUCCCUGCAGAGACGAGUCCAGCAGCUCCAGGAGCUGCUGACGGACUGGGACUCCCAAGGAUCCAGAGUCCAGGAUCUGAACAGAACCGGAUCUGAGCUGGAGUCUCUCAUCAUCGACGUUACGACUCCUCAGACCAAAACUGGUGUGGCUCAGAUCAACGGCUCCGCAGGUCCCAGCAGUGUGAACGGCAUCCACACCUGUAAAGACCUGACGGAGCUGCAGGUUUCUGUCUCUGACGUGAACGCUCGUUACGAUGCUCUGGGCGGAGAGCUGAAGGAGCGUCUGAACCGGCAGCGGGCCUCCCUGCAGCUCCGGCACAAGGCCCAGCAGGAGGCGCAGGACCUGAGGAGCUGGCUGAGCCACAGGGAGGAGAGCCUGAAGCAGCAGACCACCUCGCCCUCCAAACCUGAGGUGGUCCGUGCUCAGGCCCAGCACAACCAGGCUCUGCUGUCAGAGCUGGCUGAGCACUCAGGGAGGGUGGAGGACCUGAAAGCAACUUUGAGGAAACUGAUCUCUGAAAAUCCAGAUGGUCCUGAAGCYGACAGCUGGAGGCAGCAGCUGCAGGAGAUCGACUCCCGCUGGCAGACGGCCAAUCAGACGGCGGCUCAGAGGCAGGCGGAGCUGGAGACGUGCGCCGACAGGCUGGGCAGCUUCGCCUCGGCGGCCAAUCAGCUGUCGCCGUGGCUGAGGGAGAAGGAGCUGAUGAUGAGCGUUCUGGGCCCGCUGAGCAUCGACCCGAACAUGCUGAACACGCAGAAACAACAGGUCCAGUUCAUGCUGCGGGAGUUUGAGACGCGGCGGCCCCAGUUCCACCAGCUGACCCAGUCCGCUCAGGGGAUCCUGUCCCAAACCRGCGACUCGGCUCAGGAGCCCCAGGACCUGGAGGAGGUCCGGACCGAGCUGRGCUCCAUCACCCAGCAGUGGGAGGAUCUGACGGGCAGAUUGACCCAGAGGUCCACAAACAUCGAUCGGGCUCAARGAACCAGCGAGCGAUACCAGGCCCUGCUCAGAGACCUGUCCUCCAGCGUCUCUGUCCUCGGUGAGAGGCUGGACUCUCAGGCCUCGCUGAGCGCCCAGCCCGAGGCGCUGAGGCGCCGCCURCAGGAGACCGGAGAGAUCCGCUCGGACCUGGAGCGCCGGCGGGCCGAGCUCUGCGAGGCCGAGCGGCUCUGCCAGGAGCUGAGCGCCAUCGUGGCCGAACCGUACCUGAAGGAGGAGCUGAGGAAACGUCUGGAGGGCGUCAGUGUGCCACUGAGGAGUCUGGAGGAGCGAGCAGCUGACAGCCUGUCUCAGCUGCAGGCCGCCCUCUCCUCCACCCAGCAGUUCCAGCAGAUGUUUGAGGAGCUGCGCUCGUGGCUGGACCAGCAGGCGGACUCUAAAGAGUCGGACUCGCUGCCCUGCCGGCCCGAGGSCCUCCGCUCCCUGCUGGCUCAGACCGAGGAGCUCCAGCGUGGCGUUGCAGCUCAGCGAGGCUCCUACGAGCUGAUCCAAGCCGAGGGCGUGUCCCUGCUGGCCACCCUCCCCGCAGACGAGCGCUCCGCCCUGCAGUCCCGGCUGGCCUCCCUGAGACAGGACUGGGACGGGCUGAACCAGAGGAUGUCGGAGCGCGAGGCCCGGCUGAAGAACACCCUGAGCAAAGCCGAAACCUACCAGCAGCACGAGGCCGAGCUGACGCCAUGGUUAGCAGAGUGCGAGCUGAAGGACGGAGACAUCCACCCGUCCCUGGACUCCUCCAUCCUGGACGAGUCCCUGCAGAAGGCCCGGUCCCUGACCCUGGACCUGGACCGACGCCAGCCCCUGCUGGAGGCUUUUAAUACGGCGGCUGAUCAGCUGCUGGAGCAGUGCUGCAUCGGAGAGGAGGAGUUACGGGAUGAGAAAGCUCAGCUGAACCGCCGUGUGGACCGACUGAACGAGAGCCUCCUGACCCGGACCUCCCAGCUGGAGGAGCUGGCGGGCCGCCUGAAGGAGUUUGAGGAGGGCAGGCACGCCGUGGAGAGGAGGCUGGAGGCCGCCAAGCACCAGAUAGAAGUCCAGGAGGCUCUGGGACCUCAGGCAUGCAGCGCCAAAAGUCUGGAGAGGUUACGGAGUCAGCAGGAGAGCCUGAGGUCCCUGCAGCCUCAGGUGGUCUACCUCAGAGACCUGGCCCAGGGGCUGGUGCAGGACGCUCCGCAGACACCAGAGGGCGCCGCUGAGGGAGCUCAGAGUCUUCAGCAACACGCCAGAGACACCGAGAAAGAGUACGAUGACAUCAGCGAGAAGAUCGAGACGUGCUGCUCCUCCCUGGAGUCCCGCCUCCAGGGCGUGGGCGAGGUCCAGGCUCACGUGCGGGACGUCUUCUCCCGCCUGGCCGACCUGGACGACGAGCUGGACUCGCUCAGCCCCGUGGGACGGGACGCCGACUCCCUGGCCUCUCAGGCGGACGCCGUGAAGGGCUUCCUGUCCCGCCUGGCCRACCUCAGGGCGGAGCUGGAGGGUCACGCCUCCGACUGCGCCGCCAUGCUGAGGCGGGAGGGCUCCUCCCCUGACCUGCUGGCCCUCAGGAGGGAGGCGGAGGCGUUGAGCCGCCAGGCCGGCAAGCUGAGCGAGCGCGGCCAGGCCCGCCUGGACCAGAUCCAGGAUGCCGCUGGGAGGGUUCAGGACUUCUACAGGCUGGGGGCGGAGCUGCAAGGCCUGCUGGGACGAGCCGAAGAGGGUCUGAACGCGCAGGGCGUGGUGGGCUCGGAGGUGGAGGUGAUCAAACAGCAGCUGCAGGAGUUCAAGGCGGUGGAGCGGGAGCAGGUGGACAGCAUCCAGCCCAGGCUGCAGCACCUCAACGCCGUGGGUCAGGGUCUGAUCCAGAGCGCCGCCAAGCACACGGACACGCAGGCACUGGAGCACGACCUGGAGACCACCAACCUGCGCUGGAACUCGCUCAACAAGAGGGUGGCCGAGCGCAUCGCCCAGCUGCAGGAGGCCCUGUUGCAUUGUGGGAAGUUUCAGGACGCUCUGGACCCUCUGCUCAGCUGGCUGAGCGACACCGAGGAGCUGGUGGCCAAUCAGAAGCCUCCGUCUGCAGAGUACCGCGUGGUCAAAGCCCAGAUCCAGGAGCAAAAGCUGCUGCAGAGGCUGCUGGACGACCGCAGGCCCACUGUCCAGAUGAUCCAAGCUGAAGGAGAGCGCAUCGCAGCCACAGCAGACGCUCAGGACCGAGAGAAGAUCCAGAUCCAGCUCCAGAGCCUGUCGCAGAGGUGGUCCGACCUGCUGGACAAGUCCAGCUCCAGGCAGCGACAGCUGGAGGAGCUGCAGGUUCUGGCUCUGGAYUUCCACGAGGCCCUGGAGCCGCUGGGGGAGUGGCUGAGCUCCACCGAGAGACGCCUGAGCUCCGCUGAGCCCAUGGGAACCCAAACGGCCAAGAUCACCCAGCAGAUCGUCAAGCACAAGGAGCUGAAGAAAGUCUCUGCAGAGAAGCGUCUGGUUCUGGACACGCUGAACGAAGUGGGCAGCGCCCUGCUGGACCUGGUUCCGUGGCGAGCUCGGGAAGGUCUGGACCGGCUGGUGGCCGACGCCAACCAGCGGUACCGACAAGCCGACGACACCAUCACUCAGCGGGUGCAGCUGGUGCAGGCUGCCAUCCAGAGGUCGCAGCAGUACGAGGAGGCGGUGGACGCAGAGCUGGCCUGGGUCGGGGAGACGGAGCGUAAGCUGGCCUCUCUGGGCCMCCUGAGCCUGGAACCGGACCUGACCGUGGCUCAGCUGCAGGUCCAGAGGGCCUUCAACAUCGACAUCAUCCGACACAAAGACACGGUGGACCAGCUGCUGGGUGUCAGAGACGAUGUCCUGGAGGCAUGCAGCGACGCUCAGAGGGACGCUCUGAUGGUGAAGACGGGGUCUCUGAGCGCCCGCUACGAGGCGGUGAGCCAGAGCCACAACGAGCGUUUCUCAGCUCUGGAGCAGGCUCAGGUUCUGGUGGCUCGGUUCUGGGAGACGUACGARGAGCUUGAGCCGUGGCUGGGGGAGACGGAAGCCCUCAUCACUCAGCUGCCGCCCCCUGCCAUCGACAGCGACGCUCUGCGCCUGCAGCAGGACCAGAUGAGGCUGCUGCGGGAGUCCAUCGCCGAGCACAAACCUCACAUCGACAAGCUGCUGAAGAUCGGACCCCAGCUGGCUCGGCUCAGCCUCCAGGAGGGGGCCGCCAUCUCGCAGCGCUACUCCGACGCCGAGCGGCGCUACCUCGCCAUCAAGGAGGAGGUGAAGGGUCGCGCCGCCGCGCUGGACGAGGCCGUGUCGCAGUCUGCGCAGUUCCACGAUAAGAUGGACCCGCUGCUGGAGACCCUGGAGGGGGCGGUGCAGCGCCUGCGGCAGCCGCCUCCGGUGGCGGCGGAGGUGGAGAARAUCCGGGAGCAGCUGGCGGAGCACCGCGCCCAGGGCCUGGAGCUGGACAAGCUGCUGCCGAGCUUCUCGGCCCUCUGCGCCCGCGGGGAGGAGCUGAUCGGCCGGGCGGCCCACGACGACCCCGCAGCUCAGGCCGUCCGGUCCCGCCUCCUGCGCCUCCGCUCCCUGUGGGACGAGAUCCGGCAGCGGGCCGAGGACCGGGAGAGCAAGCUGAACGACGUCCUGGACCUGGCCGGGAAGUUCUGGUCCGAYGUGGCGGCCCUGCUGAGCACGCUCAGAGACUCGCAGGACAUCGUGAGGGAGCUGGAGGACCCCGGAGUCGACCCCUCGCUCAUCAAGCAGCAGAUCGAAGCCGCUGAGGCUAUCAAGGCGGAGACAGAUGGCCUGCGGGAGGAGCUGGAGUUCGUCAGGACCCUCGGAGCUGACCUCAUCUUUGCCUGUGGAGAAACAGAGAAACCUGAAGUGAAGAAGACGAUCGAUGAGAUGAACGCUGCCUGGGAGGGUCUGAACCGGACCUGGAGGGACAGGAUGGAGCGACUGGAGGACGCCAUGACGGCCUCUGUUCAGUACCAGGACGCUCUGCAGUCCAUGUUUGACUACCUGGACAACGCUGUGAUCAAGCUGUGUGAGAUGUCCACCGUGGGAACUGAUCUGGGGACGGUCAAACAGCAGAUUGAGGAGCUGAAGCAGUACAAGGUGGAGGUGUACCAGCAGCAGAUCGACAUGGAGAAGCUCUGCCACCAGGGGGAGCUGCUGCUGAAGAAAGUCUCGGACCAAACGGACCGGGACAUGAUCCAGGAGCCGCUGACCGAGCUCCGACACCUGUGGGACAACCUGGGAGAUAAAAUCACUCAAAGACAGCACAAGCUGGAGGCGGCCCUGCUGGCCCUGGGUCAGUUCCAGCACGCCCUCUCUGAGCUGCAGGCCUGGCUCAGCCACACCCACACCACUCUGGACACGCAGCGACCCGUCAACUCCGACCCAAAGGCCAUCGAGAUCGAGCUGGCCAAACACCACGUGCUGCGUAACGACGUGCUGUCCCACCACGCCACCGUGGAGACRGUGAACAGCGCCGCCGCAGAGCUGCUGGAGUCCUCGCCAGGUGACGAGGCCAGCCACCUGCGGGACCAGCUGGAUCAGCUGAACCAGAGCUGGGAGAGUCUGCUGCUGAAGACCCAGGAGCGUCAGAAACUGCUGGAGGAGGCCCUGCAGCAGGCCGAAGGCUUCCACGGAGAGUUGGAGGAGUUCCUCCAGUGGCUGAGGAGGACAGAGAGCCACCUGUCUGCUGCCAAACCCACAGGAGGUCUCCCAGAAACAGCCAGAGAGCAGCUGCAGCAGCACCUGGCAAAGCUGGAAGAAGCCGUCUCCUUGGCCACGGGUUUCCAGACCUCGCUGCAGGACACCAUGAACUGGCUGACCCAGGCCGAGCAAACCCUGAACAUGGCUCAGCMCCCCAGCCUGAUCCUGGACACGGUUCUGUUCCAGAUCGAUGAGCACAAGGUGUUUGUGAAYGAGGUGAACACCCACAGGGAGCAGGUUCUGGCUCUGGAGAAGGCCGGCUCGCAGCUCCGCUUUGCCAGCAUGAAGCAGGACGUGGUUCUGAUCAAGAACCUGCUGCUCAGUGUCCAGGCCCGCUGGGACAAGCUGGUCCAGAGGUCUCUGGACCGAGGCCGGCAUCUCGACGAGGCCCGCAAACGAGCAAAACAGUUCCACGAGGCCUGGAGGAAGCUGACCGACUGGCUGGAGGAGGCCGAGAAGAGACUGGACUCAGAACUAGAGAUCUCCAACGAGCCGGACAAGAUCAAAGUCCARCUCACCAAACACAAGGAGUUUCAGAAAGCUUUAGGCUCCAAGCAGCCUGUUUACGACACCACAGUCCGGUCCGGGAAGGCCAUGAGGGACAAAGCCCAGCUGCCCGCAGACCAGCAGAAACUGGACCACCUGGUGGGAGAAGUCCGUGACAAGUGGGACACCGUGUGUGGGAAGAGCGUGGAGAGGCAGCACAAGCUGGAGGAGGCUCUGCUGUUCUCAGGUCAGUUUGCAGAAGCUCUGCAGGUUCUGGUGGACUGGCUGUACCGGGUGGAGCCUCAGCUGGCUGAAGACCAGCCUGUCCAUGGAGACAUGGACCUGGUGUCCAACCUGAUGGACGCUCACAAGGCCUUCCAGAAGGAACUGGGCAAGAGGACCGGCAGCGUCCAGGCUCUGAAGCGCUCGGCCCGGGACCUGAUGGAGACGGGCCGGGACGACACGGCCUGGGUCAAAGUUCAGCUGCAGGAGCUCAGCAACCGCUGGGAAACGGUCUGCGCCCUGUCAGUCAGCAAGCAGACCCGCCUCCAGCAGGCACUUAAACAGGCCGAGGAGUUCCGUACGGCAGUGCAGGUGCUCCUGGARUGGCUCUCGGAGGCGGAGCAGUCUCUCCGUUUCCGUGGCGUCCUCCCCGAGGAGGCGGAGACUCUGCAGGCGCUGCUGCACACGCACCGAGGCUUCAUGGGCACCGUGGAGGAGAAGAGGGGAGACGUGAACAAGGCCGCUGGCAUGGGGGAGGGCAUCCUGACKGUGUGCCACCCGGACUCCAUCACCACCAUCAAACACUGGAUCACCAUCAUCAGGGCGCGCUUCGAGGAGGUGCUGACGUGGGCCAAGCAGCAUGAGCAGCGGCUGGAGACGGCUCUGACGGAGGUGCUGAACAACGCCAACCUGCUGGAGGAGCUGCUGUCCUGGCUGCAGUGGGCCGAGACCACCUUGGUCCAGAGAGACACGGAGCCGCUACCUCAGGACAUCUCACAGCUGAAAACCCUCAUCACCGAGCACCAGGUGUUCAUGGAGGAGAUGACCAGGAAGCAGCCGGACGUGGACAAAGUGACUAAAACCUACAAGAGGAAACCAGCUGAAGCUCCCAGCAGCCUGGCCGACAGRAGAGGAGCACGUAUGUCUCUGCUCAGUAAACUAACUGUAGCUUUCAGCUCGUGUCCUCAUGUCUGCUCUGAACCACCUGCAGGCAAACAGCAGCAGYAGCAAACGCAGGCAGCCAUGCAGGUUUCUGGAGGAAACCCUCGGCUCGUCCAGCUCUGCGCCCGCUGGCAGCAGGUGUGGCUGCUGGCCCUCGACCGCCAGCGGAAACUCAACGACGCUCUGGACCGGCAGGAGGAGCUGAAAGAGUUCGCCAACUUCGACUUUGACGUGUGGAGGAAGAAGUACAUGCGUUGGAUGAACCACAAGAAGUCCCGAGUCAUGGACUUCUUCAGACGCAUCGACAAGGACCAGGACGGAAAGAUCACUCGGCAGGAGUUCAUUGACGGCAUCCUGGCUUCAAAGUUUCCCACCAGCAGGCUGGAGAUGUCGGCGGUGGCGGACAUCUUUGACCGAGACGGCGACGGUUACAUCGAUUACUAUGAGUUCGUGGCGGCGCUUCACCCCAACAAGGACGCCUACAGGCCGACCACCGACGCCGACAAGAUCGAGGACGAGGUCACUCGGCAGGUGGCUCAGUGUAAAUGUGCCAAGAGGUUCCAGGUGGAGCAGAUCGGAGAAAACAAAUACAGGUUCUUCCUCGGAAACCAGUUUGGCGACUCUCAGCAGCUGCGUCUGGUCAGGAUCCUGCGCAGCACGGUGAUGGUGAGGGUUGGAGGAGGGUGGAUGGCUCUGGACGAGUUCCUGGUUAAGAACGACCCCUGCAGAGCUCGAGGCCGCACCAACCUGGAGCUGAGGGAGAAGUUCAUCCUCCCUGAGGGGGCGUCCUCGGGCCUGGCUGCCUUCCGCUCCCGGGGCCGCCGCUCCAAACCGGGCUCCCGCAACGCCUCGCCCACCCGCUCCUCCUCCUCUGCCUCCCACAGCGGCGCCUCCCUCCCCUCGGCGCCCUCCGCCCCCGCCACUCCGACGGCCUCGGCAUCAUCCCGGGGGGCGCCGUCAGGGUCCAAACUGAAGAGGCCGACUUUCCACUCCAGCCGAGGCUCCCUGACCGGAGAGAACGGAGGAACGGCGCACAGCGGCAAACGAACCGAUCCAAAGCGAGGGUCUGCGACAGCCAGCGGUCCGACCAGCCGCGCCGGCAGCCGCGCCGGAAGUCGCGCCGGCAGCAGGGCUAGCAGUCGGCGCGGCAGCGACGCCUCGGACGCCUCGGAGCUGCAGGACGCUCGCUCCGUCUGCUCGGACGCCUCGGACACCCCGAGGCGACCCGGGGGCGGAGCCAAGCCUUCCAAGAUCCCAAUGAUCUCCAAGAAGACGCCCAGCCCAAAGACCCCGGGGUCCGCGAAGAAGUAAACCCAGAAUCGUGCGGUCGUUCGGCGGCCAUCUUACCAGCGUCACUCUGGACAUCCAUCUUGUCUAGAACUUCUGCACUAUGACUGAUGCUUCUGAGGGGACGAAGGAGGACAGAGUGUCCCCUCGUCCUCUAACGUUGACUGUGAACCUGCACAAGAGGAGACAGAUCAGAGUUCUGGGGUCUUCACUUUUUUUUAACCCUGAAGACCCCAGUUUGCCUUCCAGUCUCCUCCUCCUGUUCAGCAGCGAGGAACCAACCGAGACGCCUUACUCAUGUUACACACUUGGUUCUGAUCCGACAGAACUUCACACUGACAGACGGGAGAGGCGGCGCAGGGAGUGCCACCACAACAGCUGCACAAACAAAAAAAAAACAAGAAUUGUGGUUAAAUAAUUUUGGCUUGUGGGCCAGAUGCCUCAAGGAUGCAUCAGAAGAGGAAAAAUAUGCAACCGACUGACCGAGCCGCUUCCUGGCUGUCGAGAAAACGCUCACCUCAGCAGCAGUCUGACGCACACAAACGGGACACGCAGAGCGGCUAACCUCAGGCUGCGGGGAUCAGCGGGGGAGCUGAGGACAAGCUCCGCCCCCCCACCGCUGCAGGCCUGCAGCAGAGGGCGGCGCGGUUUGUCAACAAUCCGACCAGAAGAAAAUAAUCACAAGCUAGCAAUAGACAGGACUAUUUUUACUGCACAUUACUCACAACACGUAACAUGUUAACAACCGUGUUGGACAACCAGCAUGCACUAAUCCUCUGCCGCUCUGUUGCUGCACACACACACACACACACACACGACGUGCAUCGUGUGUGUGUGUGUUACAGGAAACAAAAGGUCAUUGACUUGUGUGUCACUGUAUGCAAAAUGUUAAUUUGCAAAUGUUUUUCUGACUUAUUUAUAAUCCAGUUUUGUUAUUUAGCUUGAAAAGAUUAUUUAUUUUUCAUGUCAUAUCACCGUCAGCAGUGAUUUAGUAUUAUGGAUAACGACAUUUCUUCUCUCUUUUUUUCAGUGUCCACUCUGCUCUUUUGACAUGAUUUGUGUGUAAAAAGUGUUUCUAUUCUGUUGUAACAUGACUCAUAGACGCAGCCUGGUUGUUCAUGUUUCCUCAUCGAGAAGGACUACAGUUAUCUGACCAAAGGGGUUUCCCUUCAUGUGUAGAGAACUACAAAUAUGGACGACAGAGGACCUGAAGGGACGGCGUCUCUUCUUCUAGGCUUUUUUUCAAAAUGUCCCGAGUCGUCUCCAUGUUUUCUCAAUGUAAGAGAUGAAGUUUAUAAAAACUAAUGAAACAGUAAGAAGACAUCUUAAGGUGAUUUUUAUUUAUUUAUUGUCUCUCUGAUGGGGGAGGGCUCCUCUCAGACAACAUGAAGGGAGGGAUGAGUAACAGGGACUCACCUGUAAAAUUAAAAUGAACUAAAAUUAUAAACAUUUUUUCUGUUUUUGUAUUAAAAAUAUGCUUGCAAUAAAACUGACUCUGCUCUGGGA